UCUUCCGAGCUCCUGUUGUGAGUCAUGGCCUUGGAGGGAGACCGCAACAAAAAAACCAGGCGCUACUUCUGCGGCGAGAAUCUCAGAGAAAGAGAGAGAGAGAUUGAGAAAGGGAAACCCUGUGGCUCCGGGGUAUAAAUGGGGCUCCAGCAGCCCCGGGAGAGAAACGCUCGCUCAGCCUCGGAAGGGACUCUGGAGAAAGAGACAGGGAGAGACACUCCUCCGACAACCUGCCAACCUGCCUGCCUGCCUACCUGCUUCCAAGAAGAUGCCAAGCCUCCGUUGCGCGCCCACCUUGCGACAAAGCAUCCCCGGGCCAAGUUCCUGGAUUCUGAUGGCUUUCCUUUUCACAACAUUACCCAGUUUAUUUGUGGCUUACCACAGCCCUACUCAUGCAAGACGACUCAACACCUCAGAAAUAACAACCAAUUUAACCCAUUGCCUGACUGUUUCCUCCAAUUUGAUGGAGGCAGCAGAAAAUGCAUUCCAUCAGUUCCAGAAAAUAUUUAAGUGUUCUCUUGACCACAAUCCCACCAAAGACCCUAAGAAUGAAGAUAAGAUCGUGAACGCCUGCAUGGAAGGAAAAUCAAUGUAUGAAUCCUGUCCCUUUGCAGCAAAUGAGGUGGUUAAUCAGACUUCAUGUGUGAAUACCAUCUAUGAAAUUCUGAAGAGCUAUGUGAUGCAAAUGAAGAAUUAUAUUUCUCCAGAUCUUUUGGAUACUGGCAACAGUAUGUUGAAGGCUUUAAAUAUCAACUCGAGGAUGAUAAGACAAAUACUGCCUUCCCAACAGCCCCCAUUUGAUGUGCAGAUGAAACAGUGUGAAAUGUUCUUAGUUUUUAAACAGCUCACUCAGACAAUUGACCGAAUCUUGCGCUACCAGAAGGAGGAGGAAAUUAAGCAUCGUGCUUCAAAUAGUUUAAAUAUGUAAGAGAGAAAAGAAAGAGAAUUGGAGAAUGCCCCAUCUCCAGUACCUUCCUUUUGUCCCAGUCCUAUGUUUUGAAGAACAGAGAACAGAUUGUAAGACAUAAUCUGAAUUAGGUAGGGAAUCACUGAUGAUCUUUAGAUAAUUUUGACCUUGAUCUUGUAGCAUUCCUCACUGGUAAGGGUCUCCCAUAGCGGUGUUUUUAUUAUUAUUAUUAUUAUUAUUAUUAUUAUUAUUAUUAUUAUUAUUAUUAUUAUUUAUUUCUAUCCCGCUCUUCUCCCGUGGGUGGGAUUCAAAGCUCGUUUGCCAGGUGAAUGGUCAUUACCAAAGCUAGAUUCAUCUCCCAAAUAGGAACAUGGGUAGUGCCUUGUACUUGCAAUCUCAUUCCUUCAGAUAUACAUUGGUCCUGCAAAACCUUUCCUUUUCAGCUUUACAUUCAUAGUCCCAACCAAGCAACAAAAUUAAGACAUAGGAAUCUAGCAGUGUACACUAUAUGUGCAUUAGUCCUUUUACCAAAACAGCACUUAAUCCAAAAGGAAGUCACCUUGCAAACCUGCUUCCAAGCAUAGAGGUUGUUCUUUCCAGGUUGGGAUGCAAAAAUGUCAUACAACAGGUCUUCCAAGAUAAAAGUGUCCAUAACCUCCUCAGUUAAAUUCACACCCACACAUCAAAACAAAUUCCAUGAUCAUGGUUAACCUAUUGACUCAGCAUUGUGACGGUAAUCCUUUUGUAGUUCUGUCAGUUGAGAUGCCAAACUGUCCUUCUGUGUACACAGUGUUUGGGCCUGAAGCCAAUGAAAGGUUACUCGCAAGUGUCCCAAUUUAAUUCAACAGCUGCCUCAUACAAACAGGCACCACAAACUAUAGAUUAGUUGUAUCAUCUAUACAGAGAAGGUAAUGCAUUUCGAUACAGGUGUAUUAAGCAUUUGCUUAAUGUGGGGAAAAUAAUUUUUUAAUUGUGUCAGAAGUGACUUGAGAACAUGCUGCAAGUCAUUUCUGGUGUGAGAGAAUUGGCUGUCUAAAGAAACGUUGCCCAGAGGAUGCCCAGGUGUGAUAGCUGGGAGGCUUCUCUCAUGUCCCCACAAGCUAGAGCUGACAGACGGGAGCUCAUCCCAUCUCCCGGAUUCAAAUCAGCAAUCUUCAGGUCAGCAGUUCAGGCAGAACAAGGAUUUAACCCAUUGCACUACCAUGGCUAAGAGAAAGAAUGAAAUGCAUUUUUCACCAAAAAUGUAAGAAAGUUAUCUCAUAUUGCCUGCAUGGAAAAAAAUAAGCUGCAAAAAACAGAAUACUUUUAUACCCAGAAGUAAGUCUCACUAAAUUGCAGGAUGUUUGUUCCUCUCUAUAGGACUUGAGCCAUAAAAGAUUGUAUAUUCUAGUGCAGUAUUUCCCCAACUCUAGUCUUCCAGGUGUUUUAGAUUUCAUCACCCCAAAUCCCUAACCAUUGAGCAAGGCAAGUGAAGCUUACAAAACUUUUGUAAGAUUAAGAUUUGGUGAUCACUGCUCUAGUGCAUAUAUUGAUUUGUGUUGGUACAACUGACUCACCAUGCUAAAUUUUCUAUUGUUAUUAUUUGUCACCCCUUUUUAUUGUCCCCUCUUCUUGGGCUUUUCUAGCUUUAAAAGGUAAGCUCUUUGAGGCAGGAUUCUGUCAGUUUGGAUUUUUGAUAAUAUUUCAAAUUGUAUUUUAUGAUAUUAAUUUAUAAAUAUGUAAUAUUUAUAAGUAAUUUAUAUAAUAUAUGACAUUAUAAACUGACAUGUCUAUAUUUAUGUCCCAAUAAAUUAUUACUUUUACAUCUCACUGGGUUUUGUUCAGUAUUGAAGUGUUGUAAAAUGGUCUCAGACAUGACUAGAAUAUGUGCUCCAGUUUCCUGUCCUUUUGCCAACAGGUAACUGAAUAUCUUUAAAGUCAUUCGAUAAAGGAAGAAGUUAUAAAUUUAAUAUUGGAUUGCAAAGUAUAUGUAGCACAAACUAUAGCCCAAAGGUAGAACUAUACAUUUAUUCUAUUCACCAGCCCUUUUCCUAGUCACCCUACAAUUAUUGUGUUAUGUGAUUCAGGAGGCUGUUUUUAAAAUAAUAAAUAAAUAAAACACAAAUGUGGAUAUUGGUAAGGUGUGUUAUUUCAGGUACAAACUCUAUGCCUGUGAUUAAUCUCUCUCCUUCACCUUCCCAUAUUCUGCUUGGAUCACAGAAUAUAUACUUCCAACACACUUAAAUGUGUGGAUCUUAAUCCAGACAGGGCAGAUGUGGCUUUGCUGAGUCAAAAAGCAGAUUAGAGGAACAGGGAUUCACCCUAUGAUGGCUGGGGUUACACUUGCCCUAAAAUCAUGUUUCCAGCACUCCUGGUUCAAAAUAAAGUAGUUUAUCACUUAGGUCAAUCAAUAUGCUGCCUGGAAGUGUAGUGGAGUCUCCUUCUCUGGAAGUUUUUAAGUAGAGGCUGGGUGGCCAUCUAUUGGGGGUGCUUUGAGUGAGCACUGCAGGAUAGGCUUGGACUAGAUGGCCCUUGUGAUCUCUUCCAUCUCUAGGAAUCUUUGAUUCUGUGCAAUUACACAAGGACAACAAGCAUCUUUGGCUGGGAAUUAUUACAUGGUGUUGCUCCUCUUUCAUCACUCUUUCGGUAGAGGCAACCUGGAAAGCUUUUCUUUCACAAAAGUAAUGUAUUAAUUUCUUCCUUUUGUAAAAGAAACGCCUUCCACUGGUUUCCUCCAUGAAGAACAGAUGAGAAUGACUCCAAGUGAUAAGUCCCACUGUUAUCCUGUUUUGUUUGCCUUGUGUGAGAAACCUCUAAGUCUAGAGAUCCAGAUUUCUGCAAUGAGCAGGAGUGCUUUUGCUGGAAUUCAGUGUUUAAAGUGUCAGUGAAGUUAAUGGGCAUUUCAGUGACCUAAAAUCUCCUUAUGUCUUAUCCACCAAUCACUCCAAUUCAUCUGUCUCCCAUUUUUUCUUCCACUGCUCUAAAAAUAGAACUAAGCCCUCUUCCUUUUCUAGCCUAGCAGCCUCAGAGAACCUUCGUAUCUCUAAUGGAGCUCGUAUAGUAAAAGUUGAUGUUAGUACUUUGUAAAC